AUGGCCGACGCCCCCGUUACCCUGCGGACGCGCAAGUUCAUCCGCAACCCUCUGCUCGGCAGAAAGCAGAUGGUCGUGGAUGUCCUCCACCCCAACCGCCCCAACGUCUCCAAGGAUGAGCUCCGUGACAAGCUGGCCGACCUCUACAAGGCCAACAAGGACCAGGUCUCCGUCUUCGGUUUCCGUACGCAAUACGGUGGUGGCAAGAGCACUGGUUUCGCUCUGGUCUACGACUCCCACGAGGCCCUGAAGAAGUUCGAGCCUCACUACCGUCUGGUCCGCAUUGGUGCCGCUGCCAAGAUCGAGAAGGCCAGCCGACAGCAGCGCAAGCAGAGAAAGAACCGCUCCAAGAAGUUCCGCGGAACUGCCAAGACCAAGGGUCCCAAGAAGAGCAAGGACUAA